ACUGCUGGACUCGCUUGGACGCGCGUCUCGGGUCCAUGUUGGUUCCACGCGACUCGGCCGCCCCGCAGGAGCCGUCUGGGCAGUUCAUGGGGAUUUUUCAUCAGAGGACAUGGAGCUUUCUGCCAGUGAACUCAGCAUUUACGAUAAACUUUCGGAUACUAUUGACUUGGUGAGACAGACUGGUUACCAAUGUGGUAUGUCUGAAAAGGCCAUUGAGAAAUUCAUCAAACAACUCUUAGAGAAAAAUGAACCACAAAGGGGACCCCCACGCUUUCCUCUUUUAAUGGUUCUCUAUAAGGGGUUGGUUACCCUGGGAGUAGUUUUACUAACAGCGUACUUCAUGAUCCAGCCAUAUACCCUUUCACCACCUGAAAAUACACUUACCAAAACCCAUCCAUGGGGUUCCCUCAUUCAUCAUAUCCGGUUGCUGCCAUUACCCAUUACCAAGAAAUACAUGCUGGAGAAAUGUCCAGAGUGGUGGGGCUUAGACUGUAGACAGAAUAUGUCUCUAACUGCGAAGUGCUCUUGCUGCUGUUCCAUGAAAACCCUUGUGGCUCCAGUUGACCUUAGGCAGCUAUCGGAAAAAAUCCUGCAAGGGCAGCCUCUCUUGAUCAAGACAGGACAGUAUCGUUCUUAUGCUGAAAUGAAACAUUUUCAGUCCCUCUACUCCGAAUUGACAGAUUUUGUGAUACAAGAAGAGGCAGCUGAGUUAUGGAGCAGCCGUUCCAGGCAGCAACCUCCAUUUCCUGUUUUCCGGCAAAACCCUCUGAAUAAAUCUCAAAUUCUGCAAGAGAUUUUUCCCAUCUUCUCUUCACUGCUGUUUCCAAAGGCCAUUUCUCUAAAAAGCUGUUUUCUUGUCCACCAUCCAAGGCUUCAAGAUAAGUCAUACAGACUGCAGAGCACCUUUGUGGUAGGAAGUGGUCGGCUCAUCUUAUAUGUUAUUCCUUCUCUCUUGUGCAGAGAGCACUGCAAGACAUUGAUGGUAGAGCUGGAAGCUGGAGAUAUUGGUUUUACAAAUGUAGAUUAUUGGACAACAAGUUUUAACUCCAGAGGAUCUGAACCCGUUGUUGUUUGUGAUGGAUCUGCCAGUUAAAAACUCAAAGUGUAAGAACUCAAUAUCAGACACAACAAAUAUGGGGAUGAUACUGCUACAGUUUCCAGUGAUAAGUUUUCCCUUCUCAUCUGCAAUGAAGAAAGCCAUGCACUUUUAAAAGGACAUUUUAUUCAAAGUCACUGGCUUGUCUUUCAGAUGUUUUGGUAGGAACUGGAAGACCUCUUUUCUCUAUUUUUUUGUGGAAUUAUUCUUGAAAGCUGACUGAUGGAUUUUGUGGAGGGAAGGUUCUGUAAAGUACUGUUUGUGAACAUUGUUCCUCUUGACAGUGCAGAAAAAGUUAUCUCAAAAUAUUUCUUUCCAGACAUCCUGGAGGAGGUAAUGUCAGAGCUGCUGAUGAAUCUGUCUCUGGAUCAUUGCUUUAAAAGAGCAAACUACUGAAAUAUUGUGGAGACUGAGAAAUUAAAAAUGUCUCUCGAGAAAAGCAUUUGCUCAGGUUCUUAUCCUGUGUUACAGUUUGAAUGCAGGAAUUUGGUCCACAGCUGCAUUUUUUUUCUUUCACUGUAUUGUGAUGACACAUCUUCAUAAUAUUUGUUCCAGUAAAAAAAAAAAAUCAUGUUAUCUUUCCACCUAAGAACACAGCAUGACUUUAUGUAGUCAUCAUCAAAAGUGUGUGGCUGAGGUAGGGUUUGUAUGCUUGACAGAGAAAAGCAUCCUGCAAAUUUAUUUCUCUAUCUCCUUUCAUAAAUGCUGAAAUAUGUACUCUUACUGCUUUUCCCUGGACUAAGUCAGUAGAAUGCCAAAUCCAUUUUUUUUCCAAAAUGAGUAAUGUGCAUCAAAGAGCCAAAUUUAUUAGAGGGCUGACUUGGUGAGAAUGGUGAGCAUCUUCUUCUAAAAAUUAAGCCUUUGGAGGGCGUCUGGGUUGGACACUCCAAAUCAGUCACCAUUUUAGUUUGUUAUCAUGGUUGACUUGAGCUUGGGAAAGUAUAUCUUGAAAGCACUUUCUAAAAUUUUCAUUUGAAUUUCUCCAUAUCUUUUUAAAAUUGAGGUGGAUAAUUUGUGGGCAGGUUUGGAAUGUGCAAUGUUUAAUGUGUGCCAUGAAUAUGUUUGCCAUUCUCUCUGAGCAUUAAUUGCAUUCUCUCUUCCUUUAGCAUUUUCUUAGAAUACAUGUUUGAUCCUUGAUCCCCUUCCCAACUUUUUGCAUUUCCUCAUACUUUUUGUGAACUCAUCUAUCUAGUGUCUUUAGAUGGGAUUACUUUCCAGCAUGUGUUGUCUGAAAUUGUAGUGGUGUUUCCCUUGAGUGAAUCUUUAGGUUCCUGUUGUGUUAAGAUAAUUUGCAGAUGCGUCAGGCUGAACUCAGGCCAGCAGUGAGGCUAGUGUGCAUAUUUGUACAUGUUUAUGUGCUUUGGGGGAUUCUUUUAUUAAAAUGCAACCUUUCAAAUGAAAAGCAGAGUUGUAUUAAAGCAGAGGACAGUUUUAAAGAAAGGACUAGAAUAAGAUCUUUGUUUUUUAAAAAUAUUUCAGUUAAUUAUUAAUUGUUCAGCAGAGUAACAGUUAAAGGACCCUGUCAGAAUCAUGACCCCAUUCUCCAUGGGCAUAGUGCCAACAGACAAACAUUGUUUAUUUCCUUCUGUUUCUGACUGCAAACAUGCAUAACUAAUUGGGGUACUGAGAGACUAAAUUAUGGUAAUAAGUUAGUCUUAUGGAUGUUUAAAGGAUCUGUGAAUAAAUAAGUGAUAGCACUAUGAAGCUUAAAUUUUUAGAAGGUGGGAAUUUAAUCUGCAUCACUGAUGUUAAGUGCUUGCUGACUGUUUUCACCUUUUUUUUUUGAAACAGAAAUUUCACACCAUAUAACUUUAAGUCUGUAUAGAAAAAAAAAUCUUCUUAGUAUCAGGGCUAAAUAUUUUACUAAAGGUGUGUGUGUGUGAUGAUCGCUAUAUAAGUGGACAAAUGUGUUGCUUGCUUUUUCAUUAAUGUUUCCUAUAUACUCUUAUAUGCGAAUAAGCCCCAUUAAAUUUAAUAGCACUUGCUUCUCAGAAGGCAUGUAUAGAUAAUGGAUGAAAAGCCCCCCCCCCAAUUCCCUAAGUGGAAUUCCUUGCUUGAUAUUUCUAUACUUUGGAUGUUUUUCUUUUUUCUUUCUUUUUAAUGAAAAAGCUAGAAGGUUUCUAAAUUCUUCUUCAUUCAUUUUUUACCACGGAUGAAUGUAGAUCCAUCCACCCAGAGGAUACUGUUCGUUUUGAAUUGCAUGUUGAUCAUAUUUUUGAUUUUCAUACAAAUAAUUCAAAAGGAAAAAAAAAAUCAAAGCAUUUCAGAAGAUGACAAAGACCACUUAAAUCUACAAAGUUAUGGAUUUCAUUUCUGUUUUGGUAGUGAAAUAUUUAUAUUUAAGAGAUUUAUGUCAAUGAUGCUCACUGUUUAAUAAUGUGCUGGAGAGCAGGGAAUUGAUGAGUAUUAUGUCAAUCUAAGGGUCCCUGGAGAACAAUUGUUCAAAGGUACAAAUAUUUCCAAAAGAGGGUUUGUUUUUUUCACUUUCAAAUACAGACCAGGAUAUUGUUAGCGUAUUAGACAGGGGAUAAUGUAUCUAUUCUACUUUUUGAUUCUGGUUUUCCACGUGCACUUUUGUCUUUGUAUCGGCUUCCAGAUCUGGGUCUAGGAUGUGCUAUGCACAUGUCCAAGUCUCAUUCCCUCUGGAGUUUACAUCAUUUGUUUUCAAACUUCCAGUACAUUUUCUCCUUCUUUUCUACAAGCUGCAAGGAAUUAAAAGCAGAAGUAAUUGCUCAAGAGGAAUCUGAGAUCCAAGUUCUCUGAUUUUCAGCUGAUUAAGAGCAUUUACUUAGAUAAGACCUUUAGUUGUUUCGUUUGGAAUGCAUGCUACUAUUGGAAGGCACCAGGCAGGCGAAGGCUGUUACGGAGCAUUUGUUGAUGAAUAUAUGUAUACUUUGUUGCUGUUUUCAUCACCUUUGCCACCCAGUAAUAUUCUUCUGUUGCAUGAUAUUGAUAGAUUUUUUGCAGAAAAAUCCUUUAGAUUUCCUGUCCGAUAUUCACUGUAUAUUGGUCAAACUGUUCUUUGCCUCUUUUGGAGAAGCAGCCUAGCUGCUCUGUUGUGCUGCAGUAUUUACAAAACAUUCAUUAAAUCCUGUGAGUACAGUCCUAAGGAUGGCAUUGGCUGGUGUGUUUCUUGGCUAGGUUCAGUGUCCCAGAUAUAGAUUUUGUCUGCCAGUUGCAUAGUAAUGAAAGAUUCGUCUUUGGGCAAAUUACAUGGCAUUGGUGAAUUGAGCUGAUAUAAUGGUUUGAAGAAAUGAGUAGGAUUGAGCAGCGUUUAUGAGGCUUGCCCAGCUGCCUAAAUGCACCCACAUCCAUGGAUACUUGGUGUUCAGAUCACCACGGUGUUCCUUCUACCCCCAAAUAGCAGCUUUAAGAUUUCAGUUUUCAAAUCCUGAGAUCAAGGUAGGACCAAACAGGCUUUGUAAAAUUUUCUAAACCAUUUCAGGGAAAUCAUAAGGGAGUUUCUGUUGCACACAGUAGGAGAGGUUGUAGAUAAUAUUCAUAUUUAUAGGAAGAGAGUUGUCGGUUCAAAAAGAAUGGCAAUUUUAAAAUUCAUAACUUUGACAGAGCUGGUGGUAUAAGUUAGGGGUGCACUGUUAGACUUUCCUGGAGCCACUGUUUGCCUACAAAGACAAAAUCUUCACUAGAAAUUCAGCUACCAUUUGAAUGGAAGGCAUUUACAUCUCAGAAUAUUUCUCUAUUUUUCUUUGUGAGAGAAAAAUUUCUCUAUUUUUCAUUUGUUAGGGAAAUGUACAAUUUAGCAAAGCCUGGAAGACAUGACUUUUUUAAAGAAACAAAAUUAUCUGCUCUUUUACUGACUAAGGGAAAUACUCAAGUUUCUUGUUUUAAAGACUUGAGCAUUUUUAAAAUAUCAUUUGUCCAUGCACAGAAUAGUGGUAAUGCUAUAUGUUAUAAAGGCUCAGGGGUGCCUGGGAAAUAGUUAUUUGUGUGUGUAUAUUGAAUAUCCAUGUAGUCCAAAUUAUGGAAUUUUUCAUAUAAAUGUAAAUAUGCAAUUCAUGCAGAGUUUUAUGAACAAUUAUAAAGUAAUAUAUUGCAACCUUUUGUAAAUAUUGGGAAAUGGCUGUAAAGAGUGUAAAUAAGUCAGAUUUAUAUGUUGAGAGCAGAGGUCAAUUUUUACUUUUUGCAAUUAAAUACAAUUGUUGAUGCA